AUGGAUGACAGUAGUGUAUUAUUAUUAGAUGAGGAGUUAAAAAAGAUAAAUGAAAAGUUUCAAGCAGGUGAAAUGAAAGCGUUUGGUUUAAAUCAACAAAAGAUUUUAAAAGAUUUUCAAGAAAUUAGAAAACAACAAGCUCAAUUAUCGAUGAAACAAGUAUCAAUUGGUUCAGAAAGAAUAAAAGUACAUGAUAUUGAAAAUAUUGGUAAAGAAGAUGCUGAUACUAAUAUUUAUGAUUCAAUCAAAGAAAAAGAAGAAGAUUUAACAAAAUUAACUCAAACUUUAAAUUCAAUUUGUAAAAAUAUUGAAAUAACAAACCAAUUAGCAAGCCAAAGUGGAAAUAAAAAUAAAAAUCAUAAUAAUAUUUAA